CGGCCCCGUCUGCAUCGUCAUUCGCGAUUUCUGCACUCGCGCGCUCUCGGGAGCAAUGGACUUCCCGCUCAAUCUUUCAAUAGCCCAUCUCGUGCAAUACAUUCAUUGGCAGUGAUGCCACAGUGAUGCUGCGUAAUGUCGGAAUUUCCCGACUGCUUCUGUCAGAGUCAGAGACUUUCGAUCAUCGGGGCCACGCUGUUGUUAAAUUCAUUAUCGUUAACAUGUUCACUGGGAGCUUUUGCAACAUUCCUGCCUCCUGAAAAGCUUGGCAUUCGAUCCUGAGCUUGUUAAUGGACUCUGAAUAAUGAUUUGGAGGAGCCUUGUAGAAGGGACCGUUUAUCCCUUUGAUGCAUCGAUGAGUCAUCAGUGAUAUGUGAAAAGUCGACGAGCGAGCGCGGGAAAAGGCCAAAAGAUGCUGGAAGUUGGCCUCAGGGUUGUGAGAGGCGUCGAUUGGAAGUGGGCCGACCAGGAUGGUGGCGAAGGCCAUACCGGUACCGUCGUUGAAAUUGGGAAGCCACCCUGCGCUGGUUACACGGCUCACAACAGUAAUCACGUUGACAAAACACCGGAUAAAACUGUCAUUGUUCAAUGGGACCACGGCUCUAGGAGCAAUUAUCGCAUUGGGUAUCAAGAUGCGUACGACUUGAUGGUUUUUGAUAACGCCGGGGUGGGCGUCAAGCACUCUAAUAUCAUCUGCGAUGACUGUAAAAUGCAUGGAAUUAUUGGCAUAAGAUGGAAAUGUUCGCAAUGCUUUGAUUAUGAUUUAUGUACCCAGUGUUACAUGUCAGACGUACACGAUUUGAAUCAUGCCUUUCAAAGAUUUUUAACUGCAAAUUCAGUGGGAAUACAAUUAACGAACAGAGAAAAUUGUACAAAGAUAGCGUUGAAGGGAAUUUUUAUUGGAGCCAAAGUUACCAGAGGACCCGACUGGGAAUGGGGAAACCAGGAUGGUGGCAGAGGGAAAACAGGCAGGGUUAUCGACAUACGUGGUUGGGACAAUGAAAGCUGUCGAUCCGUAGCUACAGUAACAUGGUCAUCCGGUAAUACCAAUGUUUACCGAUUAGGUUAUAAAGGUUGCGUUGAUCUGUGUUACGUCGAAGCAGCCACCGCUGGUACAUAUUAUAAAGAGCACUUACCCUUACUGGGACAUACGACACCGAUAAUGCCACAAAAUGAAAACGUUCCUUUAAACUCGACAAAUAUAUUGAAUCCCCCGAAUUUUAGUCACACAACUUUUGUAGUUGGAGACAAAGUAAAAGUUUUAAUGGACAUUGAUACAUUAAAAGGAAUGCAGGCAGGUCACGGUGGAUGGAAUCCACGAAUGGCCGAUUACAUUGGAAAGAUCGGUACCGUACAUCGAAUUACCGACAAAGGCGAUGUUCGGGUUCAGUACGAAGCAUGUAAUAACAGAUGGACGUUUCAUCCCGGGGCAUUAACGAAAGUUAUUAGUAAAGAAAAUUUUGUCAUUGGAGAUAUCGUUAGGAUAAAAUCAGACGCAAAUGCAGUGAAGCAUUAUCAAAGGGGCCACGGGGAAUGGAUAGAUGUAAUGAGAACGGCUCUGGGUAAAAGUGGCAAAGUCAUUAAAAUCUAUCCGGACGGUGACAUGCGAGUGCAACUAGGAGGCCACAUAUGGACGUUCAAUCCAUUGAGCGUAACGUUGGUUCCAGCUGGCUCCGAAGCUGCAAAUACCUUCACCGAAGCGUCCCGAGGUAUAACGCUCGAGAGCACGGACGUUGAGGUAGAGAAACUACUACGCGACGCGGCCAAGGGCAAAGCUGGCAUCCCCGCUGUCAAGGAAUUUUUGCGAAAGUAUCCUGACAGAGUAGACGCAAGGGGCGGUCCGGGUGGCGGUCGAAAAACUUGUCUCCAGGUCGCCGCUCACCAAGGACAGCGGGAGCUCUGCUGCCUCCUGCUAGACGCUGGCGCCUCGCUGUUCGCCGUUGACGAGGACGGCGACACUCCCCUCCAUUACGCAGCCUUUGGCAAUCAGCCGGAGAUAAUGGAGCUCCUGCUGACCCGAGGUGCGACCAUCGACGCGGUGAACAAUGGCAAAUGCAGCGCCCUUCACGUGGCCGUCAACAAGCAGCACUCGGAAUGCGUGCGUACACUCCUGCGUCAUGGCUGCAACGUCAACCUCCAGGACUCGUACGGCGACACGACCCUCCACGACGCAAUCGGCAAGGACGCCCUCGAUAUCGUCGAUGCCCUCUGUGCUAACGAGAUCCUCGACUUCACGCUGCGCAACAAACGUGGCUUCAACGUCCUUCAUCACGCGGCCCUCAAGGGCAACGCACACGCGAUGCAACGGUUGGUACUACGAGCCCGUCAUCUCGUAGAUGUCAAGAAAGAGGACGGCUUCGCGGCACUACACCUGGCAUCGCUCAACGGGCACCGGGAGGUUGCCGCGACGCUAUUGCUGCCGAGCGGCGGUCGGGCUCGAGUCGAUCUGCAAAACAACCGCCGACAGACGCCCCUGCAUUUAGCCGCCUCGCAGGGCCAUUGGGGUCUCGUCGAGCUUCUUGUUGGGCACAACGCGGACAUCGCGAGCACCGACGAAGAGGGCGACACCGCGCUCCACAUCGCCGUAACCAAAUGCAGAUAUCAGGCUAUCGGCGCCGCGCCACCCGAUGCGCAUCGCGACUCACCUUCCUUAUACUCGAUGUGGCAGGAGUUGAAUAGGAAAGGGACCAAACCCGAGCUGACUUUGGUGUGCUUCUUGGUCAGCAAUGAUAGUAGCGGCUCGAUUCUCGAGGAGCUGAAGAACUCCAAGGGCAAAACACCCCUGGAUCUCUUGCAGGCGGACGCGGAGCUGGCGCCGUUCGUCGAGAUCGUCAAGUCUUGCCAGGACCGACGCAGGACCGUCGCGAACCUACCGACCGUUGAUAAUGUCCAGGCAUCGGUAUGCCAGAUCGAGACGAUCGCGCAAGCCGACUCUAACGGCGAUGUAUCCGCGAGGAAACCAUCGACGUGCACCAACUGCCAUCGACAAGGCUCCCCCAACACCGAGGGUGUGGCGAACAGACUUGGACUCGGGAGCAGCGUCGGUGUCAGCAACUGCACGCACUGCGGCUGCACGUUCACCAAGUCACACACGUAUCACGAUUCACAGUUGAAUCGAGAAGAGCUGGCGAAGGAAGUUAAACGAGAGAAGAUGAAGAAUGGCUAUUCUGAUAAAAAUAGGAACGACAAUAGAGAAAAAGACAAAGACUUAGAAAGAUUAAGAUAUCUUGAAACAAGAAUAGCCGAUCUCGAGGAAGCAAAUAUGUGUAGUAUUUGCAUGGAGCGUCGACGUAACGUUGCGUUCCUCUGCGGUCAUGGUGCUUGUGAACACUGUGCAGCCCCGUUGAAAACGUGCCACAUGUGUCGUCAGACCAUUACCAAAAAAAUCAAUUUAUACUAAAGGUAAAAGCUUGGAGAAGAGACCAAGAAAGAUGGAGGCUCUCUUUAGGGCUACAAACUAAUUCGAAGCAUUAGGUUUUUAUUUAUUGAAUACUGUCGUUUUAUUAAAAGAAAAUGAAGUAGAACAAAUUUUUUUUUGUCGAAUUUUUCGAAGAAGGUUGAUCAUGAUUUCCUCGCUGCUUCACUCACGACUCGCCGCGACACAUUAGACAAAUUUUUAAUCUUAAUCAAUAAUACGUGAGCUCGCGC